AUGGCGAGCAGCUCCGAGCGGAGCGCGAGUUUCGACCACGUACAGGCGCUGCGCAACGUCCAGCUCAUUGCCCGCAACGAGUACCCGCUCCGCCACCUCGCGCGGGAGCGAGUGCGACAGCGUGCGCGUCAAGACGGCGACGACGACGACGACGACGAUGAACGCGCGCUCUGUUUCUGCACGUUUCCAAACCCGCUCGAGCGACUGGACAAGGACACGCGACGCUGUGACGACGUCUCGUGUCUGAAUUUCGCCACGUACAUUGAGUGUUCUCCUUGCUGUGCUACAGGCGAGUUUUGUCGCAAUCAGCGACUGCAGCAUCCAGAGCGAUUUCCGUUACUGGAGCCGUUUAAGACGGAGUUUAAAGGGUAUGGCGUGCGCACUUGCGAAGGGAUUGCUCAACGGGGCAUUGUCGGCGAGUAUGUGGGUGAAAUCAUUGACCAGAAAGAACUGGCGCGACGACUUAAGAGUGUGCCGAGACACGAGCUGAACUUUUACUACUUGCUGCUGGCUCCUGGUGUUUACAUUGACGCGAGGACAAAAGGGAGUUUCACGCGGUUUGUCAACCAUAGCUGUGAACCAAACUGCAAGACGGAAAAGUGGACAGUGAAAGGCGAGACGAGGAUUGCAGUGAUUGCUUUGCGCGAUAUUGACGCGGGGGAAGAACUGACGUUUGAUUACCAGUGGAAAGCUCUUGGCUCGAGGCAGAUCAAGUGCUUUUGCGGCAUGCCAACUUGUAAAGGCGUAAUUGGCUUGCAGAAUGACACACUGCAAGGUGCAGAAGCGCAGACAGGUGGCUACUUUCGUGAUCCAGAGCGACAUGAAAUUGGACUUGCGCUGGUCGGACGACGUGUGCGCGUUUUCCUCUCCCCAGAUGAUAAAAUGGAGUUUGACGUCCACCUGGUUAAAGCGUAUGAUGAAGACGAGGAUCGGUACGAGGUGGAGGAUCUGCUGGAGCUGACUGGGUACGAGACCGAUGAAAAGGAUAUUGAAGAAGACAUGGAGGCAGCUGAGAAACAGUUUGUGCAGCUUAAAGAGAACGGGUGGCAGAUUUAUUGUCCCGUGGGAGAUGAAAAGGGUACGUCAGUGUUUGCGAUCCCGAAAAAGCGUGUUCCGACUUCGUCGGAGAUGUCAAGUGCAGAUGGAAGUAGGGACCCAUCGCCUAAGCGGGUCGUGACGUCACAGUCGCCUGUCCGCACUCCGUCGCCGAUAGCCUUGGAACGAUCGGAGAGCAGCUUCAGUACGAUCAAAAAGAGUCAGUACGGUGAAACAAUUGACCGCGAUGGCACAGUGGUGUCUAACAAGUUGUUGAUCAAGUUUUUGCCGAAAGAGUACGAUACACUUGCUCUUCGCAGCUUAUUUCUUAGUCGGAAGCACCCAAAUGCACUGGUGCAUGCCGACGUGUUUAAUUUUCUGGAUGGCUCGGGCUGGGCGCUUGUGGAGCUGGAAAGCAGCGAAGUUGCAUCUUCGUUUCGGCGCACCUUGGACCGCCGUAAUUUACUCGAUAAGAUGUUGCGCGUGUAUCAAGCAGGUGUCAAUGAGUUGGAGAACUUCCGGCACCAGAAAAGCAAAGUGCAGAUGAUGCGUCAGCAGGGCAUGACGAUCAGAAGCAUUACGAAGCCUUCGGGAGAAGCAUCGAGUGAGCCUUCGGUGAGAAGAAUCGAACGGUAUUGCUUUGGCCAGAAGCUGAAUUGGCUCGUUUCUGAAGAUGAACUUAGGAAAUUGGCUGUUCAGCAAGUUUUGUCGACGUCACUGGAAGAGUCGCUGCGGGUGAAGUACGUGAAAAGUAUUUUUCACAUUGCCAAGGGAUUGCGCCUCGACCGGGAGGAUGCUACGAGUGCCAUAAUCGCGCUGAAUCGAUUCUUCACGUUCCACACUAUGCCGAUGGAGGUCGAUAUCUAUGCUGCGACGAUGCUUCACUUGUUUUUGAAAGCUCGCGCCCGAAAAGUGCCGUGGACAGCCUUUGUGAAGGAAGUGUACAAGGCAAAGCACGGUUCCUCGGCUGCUGAACGUCUUACAACUGUCUCUCCUGAACUUGGAGUACUCAAGCGCCGCUUAGUUAAAGCGGAGGGCGAGUUGCUUGAAGGGUUGCAUUAUGAUGUAACGGGUGACGACCCGUACGCUCUGUUAGACCUCCUAACUACACGCAAAGGUUCCAAGAAGCUUAUGGCGAUGUUUGACCACGGCGGUGAGAAUCGAUUGGGCUCAUUUCUUCCGUCAGCGCCUCCGUCGGAAGUGCAAAAAGAAGCAAAACAUUUGGUGGCCGAAGCCUUGCCACUAUCGAUUUGGACGCACACGCCUGUGGAAUGCGUAGUGCUUAGUGUGGUGUAUGUAAGCGCUGCUGUAAUUGAAGUGCUGAGCCACCGCUCGCUCCCUCAUCUCGCUAAAGUCCCCGAAUUCCUACCACGACUCGAUGUCCAUUGUAAUGCAGCGGAAGCUAGCAUGCUGCUUAAUUGCUCUCUAUCCAUUUGCGAUCAGUUAAAUGACCGGUGGGUACGCUUAGAGAAGCAGUCAAUGACAGCGCAGCUGAGACCGCCAAAAGCAGCGGACGACGUAGGUGGGUUUGACCUGGAGCAGUUCACCGUCGCUCGGGACAGAAAUGAUGUGGAGAUUUCAAGUCGGAUAGCGCGCUUGUUGAAGAAAUGGAUUAUCCUGCCUUCUCUUACCAGCUCAUCAACAGGUCCUUCAACGUUGACCACAAAUAUGACGUUCUCAGCUGACAAUUCAAUGAAGGCAGCUAUGUUCUCGAGUAUGACACCCUCGCGCAGCAAAGGGAAGAAUUUCAUCACGUUUAAGGCAAUGACAAAUUCAUCACCACGAUUAAGCAGGGCUGCUACGGGGCAGGGUUGUGACAGUUCUUUCUCGGCACUGUCAAUUUUUCCAAAGAAAGUUGUAACUGGUACAAAUGAUACAAGUAUUGGAAGCAUUCGCUUGCACGCAGACGAGAUUACUAACACCGAGUCCAUUCGGAAACGAGCUUAUUUGGGUGUCGUGUCAAAGGAGGUAAACCUCGACCUAGCUGGGCAGCCUGUUUAUCUGCAGUCGUGGCCAUAUCUUGAGCAGGAUACGUUUUUCACGGAAGAAAAAGGCAUAAACGAAGCUUGCCUGCGUGAGCUGUCAGCAGCAACAACCCUCUCGUCACUCUUACCAAAUCGGUUUAUGAAGCUGCAUGGAAUUAUUUUUCCGUCUAACUGCAAGGACCGACAGCCGAAGGAGACGGGAGCUCCCAUUACCAGCGCUGAUGAUCUUGACUUACUCGCGGCUACGAUCGACGACGAUGGUAAUCCUCUACCCGAAGGCAUGGACAGACUGAAUCUACAAAAGCACUACUUGGCAUUUGAGCAGCCGCUGCACAUGUUUUCCGGCAUUUUCGAGGCUCAUGUAUCGCUUACGCCCGAGCUGCGCAAAAAGGCAAUAUUUGACAUGCUCCAAAGCCUUUCUGCCGUCCACGACCAUGGGUAUGUUCACCGCUUUGUUGCCCCUUCACACCUCUUGUUGUUCAAGAACGGCGCUAAACUCGGCGGUUUCCAUGCAAUGCGCAAAGUCGCGAACAUUAAGCGAAAAGAUGGUGAUGGAUCGUCCAUCGCUGCUUACGUCAUGACGGACAGUGAACGCAAACAGCACUGCUACGGUGCGUGGCUGCACGUGACUGCUCCAGAGAUUCUGCUCGGCGAAACGAAGUACACAUGGCGCUCGGAUAUAUGGUCUGCAGGUUGCGUGGCGCUUGCUAUCCUCCUUGAGAAGGUUCCGUUUCUUCAAGGCCAGGACUCCAAAGUACAGCUCGAUCUGAUCUUUCGUCUCUGUGGCACACCGGGCUCAUCGUGGGAAGGCGCGCACAAGCUCCCGUUGUACAACACCUUUCGGCCUAAGCAUGAGUACAAGAUGCGGCUCCGAAAGACACUUCUGGAACAGCGUUCCAAAUUUACAGACUUUCAUGAAGAUGCGGUCGACGUGCUUGAGGCUAUGCUUCAGUUGGACCCUGCCCGUCGUAGCGUGGUGAAAAAGCUCACCGAUAUGAGUUACUUUGACAGCGUCCGUGACAGCAAGCAGGCUUUCGACUUCAGUGGACUCCCACCGACAUUCCCUGUGCAGAGAAAAAGACUCGUCCAGCACUUGCUAAAAGCGAAGUCCAAGAAGCACCGAAGUGCUGGUAGCAGCAGUCGAAGUGGCGUAUCAGUACGGCAUCACUCUUCACAUCGACACAGUGGCAGUGAACAUCAUCGUCACAAUCGGUCCUCGUCCUCGGUACACGUUGGGUCAGCUUCCGGUGACAAAUCUAGCCAUUCGGACCGACACAAACCAAGACGUGGCAAACGAAUGAUGAGACCGUCGUCUACGUCACGACAAGAGGCCCAACAUGACACUGCGUCCACUGAUGCUGACAACGCGGGGAUACAAGAUGGCAGCGAAUACGUCCCGCUGCCAGCCAGCUUCACGGCUUCUGCCGGAUCUUCGCUUUUGCGUUCGAUGGUUAAUGGCAGCGACAGUUUACCUCCGCGUGAAAAGCGCGCAAAGCUUGGUUGGGGCAUGGGACUCAACUCAGCAUCAUAA